AUGUCGUCAUCAUCGACGGAUAGCAACAAAAUAAGGACCAUGCUUUUUCGACGCAAUGGCUGUAAUGCUUCUGAUUUGACCGACAAUGAUGUAAAAGAAGAAAUUGAUCAUCUUCAAAGGUUGUAUCUAUUGGCAUUGGACGAGUUGAAUUUUGCACAAGACUCAAUGGGGUCGUUGUACUACGAAGGGGACCGCAUUACAGCGCAUGAAGCUAUUAAUGAUUGCACAAACACAUUUAUGCGGCUGUUAUCAAGAAUUUCAGACAUCGAUCAAAGACGUCAUCUACGUUUGACCAUCAUUCCAAAACUCGUUGAUUUGCAAGAGCAAUACAACCAACUUCCUCCACCACCACCCUCUUCACCUUGA